UUCGGAGUCCGGACGAGGGAGAAACGAAGCAUUAAACAGAGGCUGAGCAAGCCACACGGGCAGAGCAGAAAAUCCGCACGGCCGUGCAAGGUGAGCUGCACGGCCGUGCAAGGUGAGCUGCACGGCCGUGUGAGUCGUGGCCGUGCGGAAAUCACCGAGCCUUCGCAC